AUGCUGACGAGCCCCUGCUUCGUCAACAUUGUCGUCGUGCUGCUGCGGCUCCGCUGGUUCUACAGACGCAUCUGCGAGGCAGAGAGCCGUGAUGGCGAGCAGGGCUCGACGGCUCCCGUCUCCGAGCCCAUCGUGCAGAAGGCGGAGGCCGACCUCGCCUGCUGUGCCGUUGGGCGAGAUCGGUCACCGCAGGGGGCGCUCGCCACCAAACGGCGAGACGAUGUGGGCGGAGACGAGUACCGCGCCCUCAAGAUCCUGCUUCCCAUCGUCACCGUGUACUUCUUCGGCCUCCACCUGCUCGGGGGUUCAGCGCUCGCGAUAUGGGCGCGCUUCGCACAAGUCAAGUACACGGCGUACCUCGACGAGCUCGGCCUAAACCGCACCUGGUGGGCCUUUUAUACGACGCAGUCGCUCAUGGACAACCUGGGCUUCACCCUUACGCCCGAUGCCAUGGUGAGCUUCCGCGACACCGUCUUCCCACUGUUGCUGCUCACCGUGCUCGCUCUGGCCGGCGAGACGCUGUACCCGGUGCUCCUCCGCUUUGCCAUCUGGGCCGUGUCCCGCGUCGUGCCUUCGCGACUGCGUAGCCCGCUCCAGUUCCUGCUCGACCACCCGCGGCGCUGCUAUACGCUGCUCUUCCCCGCCGGCACCACUUGGGCCAUUCUGAGCAUCGCCGCCGUGCUCAACCUCGGCGCGGCGCUGCUCAUCGUCGUCUUGGACCUCCACUCCGCCGAGGUGGCCGGUCUGGCCCCCGGGAACCGUUUCGUUGCGGCGUUGUUCCAAGCGGCAGCGGCACGCCACGCGGGGACCACCCCUUACAACCUGGCUAACGUGAGCCCCGCGACGCAAUUUACCCUACUCGUCAUGAUGUACAUCUCCGUGUACCCGGUGGCGGUGGGCGUGCGCGCUGCUGCAGAGGCACCGUACGAGGACCGCAGCGUCGGGAUAUUCGGUAGCGAGCCCGAAUACGGCGAGAGUCGCGGCGGGACAUAUCUCGUCCGCGUCAUGCGGGAGCAGCUGUCCUGCGACCUGUGGUGGAUCUUUCUCGGCAUCUUUCUGUUGGCCGUGACGGAAGGCAAGAACGUGGCCGACGUGAACGAGCCGGCCAUCAAGAUAUUCCCAAUCUUCUUCGAAGUCGUGUCCGCCUACUGCAAUGUCGGCAUCAGCCUCGGCCACCCCAGCGUGUCGAGCGCGCUGAGCACAAAGUUCUCCGUGGCGGGCAAGCUCGUCGUCUGCGCCAUGAUGAUUCGCGGUCGGCACCGCGGGAUGCCUUACAGGUUGGACCGCGCGGUGGUGCUGCCCGGCGAGCGGGAGCGGGAGUAG